CUAUACACUGGCAGCUCACAUCGUCGACUAUAGAUAUUCCGGGGACGACCAAGACGACACAAUCAGCACACCGGGGUGGCAAGAGGUUUACCCAACGACACGGAGAAACGAACUCUCCAGUGGACCAAACAUGAAAGCGGCACUGCUUGUCGUUUUGUUGGUCGCCUGUUCGGCAAAUCUAGUCACCAGUCAUGACGCUACUCCGGCUUCAUGUCAGGAUGUACUAGCUCAAGGAAACACACACGAUGGAAUGUACGAAAUCGACCCUGAUGGUGCAGGAGGCGAACCACAAUUCCAAGUCUACUGCGAGCUGGCUGGUGGAAAAGGUGUGUCUAUCAUCCACCACGAUGCCGAGUGUGCUGACCGGGAAGCCUGCAAGGUAGACGGUUUCGAAGAACCAGGUUCCUUCGUUAAGAAAGUCAACUAUAAAGGUAACAUCAAACAGAUCGAAGCUCUGAUUGACCUUUCCGGCUACUGUGAGCAGUUCCUCAGUUACGAAGCACACGCUAGUGUUAUUUUCUGGCAACCGCAGAACAAAAACUACGCGUGGUGGCAGAACAGGAACAAUCGUGUGAUGCAAAACUGGGGAGGUGCCCCGACUGGAACCCACGGAUGUGGAUGCAGUACAGAAGCAGAAGGUUGUAUUGAGAAGAAGCGGUGUAACGCUGAUUGCAACACCCAUCAGCUGACUAUAGACAGCGGAUACCUGAAUGACAAAGAUAACCUGCCGGUAACUGAGCUGCACUUUGGUGACACUGGAACACUUACAGAUAACGAAUAUGGAUUCUACAAACUGGGACCAAUCAGAUGUAGUGGAGGCCCAACUCACAAAGAACAGGAAAUCCCCGUUUUCAACACUGAUACAAUCUACCAGUACCGCUAUGACCUUCCCAGAAUCAAGCCCGGAGAGUGCAGAAUUGUCUUUGAAGUUCAGGCUUGCAACGAUGCCUUCAUUGGAUUCUCGGAGCAAGAAGGAGAACAAGCUGAACUUAUUGAACUGAAUAUUGGUGGGUGGGGAAACUCAAAGACUGUCAUCAGAAAUUGCAAGCAGUGCCAAACAGAGAGUGCUAUCGAAGAAUCGAUUCUAAGCUGUGAUGAGCCCAAAAAAUUCUUUGUGUCAUGGUGUACUGGAACGUUUACCUUUGGACGUGAGGGGCACGGUUCGCUGUUGAGCUGGAACCCACCAAGGUCAAUUCAUCCAACUCACGUUGCAUUCUCUACAGGUUAUGGAGCCACUGGAACUUUUUCUUUUGACAGUUUCUUUUCUAAAGAAAUCCAUACCUGCCAGAACCAAAAGGCUGAUAUCAACUGUGGAAGCAGGUUCGUAGAUAUCCUGUCGGCUGUGUAUGGGCGUAACUCCAAGGAAAACUGCCCUCACAGGUACAUGAAGUCCACAAACUGCGCAGCCAGCAAAUCUCUUGAGGUCGUCGGCUUGCAGUGUCAAGGAAAACACCAGUGUCGUCUGACUGUCAACAAUGGAGUCUUUGGAAACCCAUGCUGCGGAACGUUCAAGUACUUGCAUGCCAAGUAUCGUUGUAUCGAUUUACCAAAAAAGAAGCGAUUUACCAACGAUGUCUGUGAAAAUAAUGACUGCAAUCCUCUGGGUGGCCAGUGUCUGCCUCUCCGUGGAUCAGAUUACCAGUGCUCAUGCAAGGCUAAUUUCUUCGGGGACAAAUGCGAGAGAGAGUAUGCGAUGUGCCGUGCAUGGGGUGAUCCUCAUUACACAGGAUUCAACGGAAGGAACUUUGACUACCAGGGCAUGUGCAAAUACACACUCGCUACCCCCUGUGUCGAUAAUAAAGACUUCCUUUUCAGGGUCGUUGGGGUCAAUAAGGUGGCCUCAUGGAACAACCGUGUAUCCUACAAUCGUGGCAUGGAGCUCAAAAUCGGAGGCUCGGAUAUCGUCCUCGCUCAAGGAAAACAAGUUCAAAUUGAUGGAGCACUUGUCAAUGCUCCAUGCGGCGUAAAAGACACCAAAAUUGACCUUGACGGAAAGUUUUUGGUUGUCACCAAUGAACGACUGGGUGUGAAGGUGAUGUGGGAUGGAAGUGAAGUUUUCAAGAUCUUUGCUGAGAAGGGGAUUUAUGGUGAUAACAUGUGCGGCUUGUGUGGAAGUAUCAGAGCUCAGAAAGACGAUCCCUUUGUCAUGUCGAACGGCACAACAACUGAUGAUAUCAAUGCCUUUGGAGAAUCUUGGACAGCCAAUCCAUUUGAAUGUCCAGCUUGUAAAGACUGCGUUCCACUCAGCCACUGCAAGGACAACCCAGAAUUACUUAGGAGAGCCAAAGAGGCAUGUGAACCUAUCAGAGAUCCCAAUGCUGUGUUUGCCCUCGCCAUCCCCGCCGGACAGGACCCAUUCGAUUCCGAGGAGAUGUUCAACAGCUGUGUGUUUGACAUGUGUUCCCAAGACAAGUACGACGACCUCAUACGUUGCGCCAACAUGGAAGAAUACGCAAACCGCAUCAUUCAAGAGAAUCGUCAAGACUAUAUCAUGUCCGCCAAUGCAAUUGUGGACUGGCGUGCCGAGCUUGAAUGCCCAUUCAACUGCCCGCUAGGUUCUGUAUAUUCCAUCUGUGCCAGCAGCUGCCAGAGAACUUGUUACCAAACCGUUGUGCGUGAGUUAUGUGACAUGGAUUGCGUGGAAGGGUGUGAACCGAUUGCUGGAUUUGUGUUGCAGAAUGGCAUUCCUGUACCUGAGACUGAAUGCGGCUGUCGAUAUGGAAAUGAUUACUACGAGGUUGGCCAGCAUUGGAUAACAAAAGAUUGUACUGAGUCUUGCGCAUGUGAAGAUUUUGGAAGACUAGCCUGUUUCCCCGUCAAUUGUGUGAGUCAUGCAUUCUGCGGCUCACAGAACGCUGUCCACGGCUGUCACUGCGAGAGUAACUAUGCGGGUGAUGGUACACUUAGAUGUGAAGCGUUGUGUCCACAGUUUAUGGGCCAUGAGGCAGAAGUCCGUCACGAAGUCGAUGAAGGUAGCCAUGUUGUUAUCUUCCAUGAACUGCCAAUUAUCUGUGAAGGUUACAUCCGUUCUUUCACAAUAAAAAGGAGCAAUGUACUAAUGGAAGAGGUUGACUUUUUGGUCUUCCGUCAACAUCCCGAUGUUGUCAACACGUUCAUCAUUGUCGGAAGUGCACAUUUGACCAUCGAUGAUGACACCAUGGACUUGUCUCUUGAGGACAAUGAAAUGAUCCCGGUCAAGGCAGGAGACUUUGUCGGCAUCAUGUCAGAUACAGGAACCGUGUUUUACGAUCUUGAAACUGAAGUUGGGCGCGUCCUUGAAGCUCCUUUGUUUGAUAAUUUGGAACCAACGACAGAGGUGUCCUUCCAAGCUCUAGACACACUUAGGUCAUACUCAGUGAAAUGGGAGCUUGAUUCAUCAAAUGGAAGGCGAGUGGAGCCAUUUAUGUUCAACACUUACCUCGGGGUACAGUCAGGUGAGAUUCUCGAUUCAUCAAUGACUGCAUCUACAGAGAGAGGAGACUUCAAAGCAUUCAGGGGACGUCUUGACAAUUCGGAUGGUGCCUGCACAUGGACUGCAAAUAUCAACAACCAAGACCAGUGGUUGCAGGUUGACCUUACUGAAGUCAAGCUCGUCAUUGGUGUGGUGACGCAAGGUCACUGCGGCAUGGUAGAUGAUGACGCCGAUCAUCUAUUUGGAUGCGUGAAGAAAUUCCAUGUUCAAGUCAGCGUCGAUGGGAAUGAUUUUGAAUACAUAACAGAUGAAGAUGGUAGAGAUGAAUUGUUCGACUCAAAGUGUUCAUUCCACGCACACAACAAAAACUUCUUCAAGGAAGCCGUGAAUGUGAGAUACGUACGUUUCAUUCCUACAGUAUGGACACAAUCAAUUAGCAUGAGAGUGGAAAUCAUAGGACGGGAUGAUGCUGAUGAUGAGCACCAGGGUGUGGGUUUGGAGUCUCGCUCACUAGCAGAUGAAGAUGGCACUGCCAUCUUGUUUGUUGAUCGACCCUUCGGGCGUAAUGGCCAUGUUCAAGGGGUCAGAUAUUUUGCAGCAAUGCCUGAAUCGUUUAUGUUGGGAGUAUGGCGUCCAACUGCUGUACAAACUACGUACGCUCUUAUUGGACGUUCCUACAUCACCAGCACAGGGCAGGGAGUGGCAUGCAAAUCCUUGAGCGAAAAAAUCCCUGUCCGAAAAGGGGAUGUUUUCGGCAUAGUCUUUGACAAGCAAGUCAUCGGUUCCGAACCAGACGCUAACAACAAAGUUCUCAUCCGAAAGAAUUUUAGGCCUGAGGAUCUCAACACGAUGCCCAUCACCGGCCUGCUUGAUUACCCUGAAAGCGAUAACCGAAAAUUCUCCAUUCGAGUGAGAUUCAGAAUUGCAACAUCAAGGACCAUUGCACCAGUUAUGUCUGUCACUAACAUGGGACUUCAGGACGGUCUUAUUACUUCAGAGCAGAUCACUUCAAACGGAAUCUGUGACUCCAAUGGUAAGGCAGACCGCGUCCGCCUUGGUCUGAAGGAUCAGCAGGGUAUGUUGGGAGGAUGGUGUGGCCGUCAAAUCGACCAAAGUGCAUAUAUCCAGAUUGACUUCAAAAAGAAGCGCCCUUGUGGUGGAGUUACAACUCAAGGUCUAAGCAGUCCGACUAGGAAAUGGUUCGUUCAGAAGUUUAUUGCAAGGCACUCCGUGGACUUGCAAACAUGGACUGAUGUCGCAGAUGAAGGCGGCAACACAAUAAUGUUUGGAGGAAAUUAUGACCAGGAAACUCAAGUGAAGAAUUUCUUCCCUACACUGUUGAUAACUCAAAGUAUUAGAAUACAACCAAUGAAAUGGACUGGUAACUUUCCAUCCAUGAGAAUGGACGUCCUUGGUCUAGCAGACACGGUAAGCGAGAAUCCAGAAGUGGGUUUCGAUACCAAUCCCCGAGAAGACGCAGGAUCUGGAGGUUUCUCAUUCGUCAUUCCAGAAAAGAAGUUCAGUGCAGAUGGUUACGUGAAGGGCUUGUACUUCCGCGCCACCAAGCUUGGAUCCUUCAAAUUCAUUGUUUUCCGUGAAAUUAAUGCAGAUAAAAAGGUGUACCAAGUUGUUGGCAUGAGGCAUAUUAACAUCAAGCAGGACCAGGUUGAGCUGUCGGUUGAUUUCAAGGGAAAUCAGAGAUUGGCAGUAAAGAAAGGCGACAUGAUCGGGUUCAACUUCUGUCGCUCCGUCUUGUACAAGACAUUGGCAGGGGGCGAUGUCACAGCUGUCGUCUACGCCAGGAAUAGGGAAAUUGUGAAUUACCGUAGUAUGAAGGCUGGCUCAUUUGUUCAGUUUGUCGGUGUGGCUCAGAGAGCUUACUCCGUCAAAGCUCUCUUUGAAGAGGCCAGUCCAGGUGAAGUGGUGUUGCCUGUGGAUGCAAAGAAUCCCGUGGGCCUCGCUAACGGGAUACUGGUAGACACAAGCAUUACUGUGUCCUCAACAUACGUCCAUGAAGGUGAUUCGCACAGCUUCGGGCCUAGAUCUGCCCGUCUGAGGCAUGUUGGUAUGCACGAGAACCUCGGAGGUGCUUGGGUGGCAGACCAGAAAGAUGAAUCGCCCUGGCUUCAGGUUGAUUUUCGGGUUGAAGGCACAGUCACUGGUUUAAUCACCCAGGGACGCCACGCUAAAGUUAACUGGUGGGUUACCCGUUACGCCGUGUACUAUUCUGUCAACUGUGAAGACUGGAUGCCAGUUGAGGAUGCCAAUGGUGAUGAGAUGGUAUUCGAAGGAAACGUUGAUAGCGACACAGAAGUUGAACGCUAUUUCCCAAAUGCAGUGAAGGCACAAUGUAUACGGGUUUACCCAAGGGGCUUUUUUGGCCGUGCUGCUAUGCGUUUGGAGGUUCUCGGAGACUUUGAAAUUGCUGCAAAUGAGUACGGAAUGACUGUGAAAACAAGAGACAACCUGGACAACAAGAACUUCAUCCUAUUGGCUGCUGGUAUACCAUUUGAAAGUGAUGGAUAUAUUACAGAAUGGAUCUUUUGGCCAAAGACUAGUGCUGCCUUCAAGGCUGGCGUAUGGAGAGUGCAUCCAGACGAUCCGUUUCAAUUCAGACACAUUGGAAGCAACGACAUCCCUCCGCAAACACCAAACGAGCUUGCCACUUUCCAACCGGACAAAACCGUUCAGAUUCCUUUCAGGAAAGGUGAUGUGAUCGGCUUCUCCUUUACCAUGCCCCUGGUUGCAUUCGACGAAGGCGACGACAGCACUGAUCUUUUGUAUUCCAAAAAUGCUGGAAGCCUAGAGCCUACACCAAUCGGUCAAUACAGAAGAUUUGAAUCUAGUGGAAAACAGGCCUACUCAAUCAAAGCUGUUGUUCGAAUUGAACCUGCACGUGAUAUCCCUGCUGUUUCCUGUCGUCAUGGACUGGGAAUGGAGGAUGGUUUGAUUCCCGAUCAAUCAAUUGAAGCGUCAUCACUCUUUGGAUCACAGUACACCUACAGUCAAGCAAGGCUGAAUUCACGAUCGUCUGCUGCCCUCAAAGGCUGCUGGGCGCCAGCCACUGAUGAGACAGACCAGUAUGUGCAGGUUGAUCUGGGCAAACCCACUAUUGUGACGGGGGUGUCUGUCCAAGGUUGUAAUGAUGAAGAACGAUGGGUGUCAAAGUUACGUGUUCAACUGAGUCUUGAUGGCAGUAACUGGGAGGAUGCUUUGGGUACAGACGGCAGUAAGAUCUUCUACGGAAACACUGACUCGGACAGUGUGGUCAGUAUGUUCUUCAAUGAGGAAGCUAAGGUGCAGUUUGUCAGGAUUAUAGUGCAGGAGUGGAGCAACCAAAUCGGUCUUCGCUUUGAGGUUAUGGGCUGUCCAAUCAGUUGCGAAAAAGAAUGGGGAGCAAACCCAUUAGUCCGAAACUGGAGACGUAGUAACCGCGACAAAUCACUUGUAGUGAACAUCAAGAACCCUCUUUCAUGUAACGGCUACAUUACUGGAUGGAAAUUCGUACCCAAGUAUGCAGAAUCAGUGAUAUUCUACGUCUUGCAGCCAGUCGACAUCAAGAAGGGUGUUUUCACUAUUGUCGGAAAUACUUACAUUGAGAAAUCCAGUGACUGGAACAGAGGUGAAACAGUGGAUGUUCCCUUGGAAAGAGCAAACUGGAUUGAAGUCCGUUCUGGUCAGAUGAUUGGAUUUUACGCCCCCGGACGCAGUCCAAUCUACAAGGACAGAUCAGCUCACGAUAGGUCAGAGCACAUGGUGACAAGAAGCUGUAGAAUUGAUGGCUUCAGCAGAAAGAGCAAGGGUGAUGACGUCAUAAUGAGCAGAUAUAAAACGUCCUCAGCCACUUAUUCAUUUGUGGCUGUCUUGUCGCAAGAGGCCAUUGGAGAUGUCAAGGUUUUGACGCCACCAGUUGCUUGCAGUGGUGGAAUUGGAAUGGAGAGCGGUAGAAUUCCUGACGACUUUAUAUUUUCCAGCAGCAGCAACGAUCCAAUCAAGUUAGGGCCAGGCCAAGCACGCCUUAACAAUGACCUCGCCUGGCAGGCCUCACCUACAGACGAAAACAUCUACCUGCAGGUGGACAUCGGUUACAUUGCCAUGUUAACUGGUAUAGUGACCCAGGGUGAUCCAGUCAACUCAUGUUGGGUUACCAGUUACUCUGUCGAGUACACAGCCAGCCAUGACUACAGAAACCCCUUGGAACCGACCAAGUUUGCUUGGGUGGCAGAAACUAACGCAAUCAAAGAGAUUUUCGCCGGAAAUAGUGAUCAGAACGGAAUGAAGACAAACUUUUUCAAGAAGGCUCUUGAAGCCCGAGUCAUUCGUAUUGCGAUCAACGACUUCAAGGGCUGCCCAGCUAUGAGAAUGGAAGUUCUUGGCUGUGCUGAUCCUGAUACCUGUAGCCCAAACCCAUGCAAACAAGGUGCCAUGUGUCGCAAGGCCCAAAACAGCGAUGGCUACACAUGUAACUGCCCAGCAGAAUGGGGAGGGAAGAACUGCGAAGUCAAGACAAACAAAUGCUUCGGAUGGGGGGAUCCUCAUUAUGGUCAGUUUGAUGGAGCUAAAUACAACUUCAUGGGUGCCUGUACAUACGUGUUGACCAGAACAGUCGCCGGAAGUACUAAGGAUGCCUUUGAAGUCACUGCUAAAAAUGAAAAAUCCCUACGUCAACCGUCUGUGUCUUCAACACGAGAAGUCUAUAUCCGAAUCAACAAAAGGUUUUAUGAGUUCAAACAAAACCGUGCAGUCUUUGUUGACAAUGAGAAGAUUCGAUCACCGUAUGAGAAGGAUGGUGUCACCAUUAUUGAUGGCUGCAACAGCCGAGUUAUCCUCAUGACAGACUUCGGUCUAAGAGUGGUAUGGGAUGGCAGAAGUAAAGUGGAAGUGUAUCUUACAGAAGACUACAAGCAUGAAGUCGAGGGACUCUGCGGGAAUUACGAUGGCCAGCAGGGACCAGACUACUUCAUGCGAUCUGGAGAACCGACGACGGACAUCAACAAAUUCGGAGAAAGUUGGGGGGUGGAUGAACUGUGCAUUGGAUGUCAAGAUUGCAUUGAGAAGGACGAGUGCCGAGAGAACGAACUCAUUGAAGAAGCUCAGAAAGCUUGUCAUGUCUUGAUUAAUCCUCAUGGCCCCUUCUCGAUGUGCCAUGGUAUUAUUUCAGUGGAUGCUUACUAUAAGGAGUGUACGUUUGAUUUCUGUAAGUUAUAUCCCAACAUGGAGAAUCUAUGUGAAGACAUCCAGGUUUACGCUGAUGAUUGUAAUGAUAAGAAGAUCCAAAUAGGAAUAUGGAGAACUCCAGGUUUCUGCAAUUACCCAUGCCCAGUUGGGAUGGUGACAACUGAGAUUGGAACGGAGUGUCCCAACACCUGCGGAAAUCCACAAGCUCAGGACAGUUGCACUGGAACCAUUGGUCCCAUGUGUGUAUGUGCACCGGACUUGCUUCUGGAGGAUGGAGAUCGCUGUGUACCAAUAGCGGAAUGCGGCUGCACUUACCAUGGAAGAUACUUCAAGAAAGGUGAGACUUUCCUGGCUGAUGAUUGCAGUGAGUCAUGCUUUUGCAACGACGAACAAGAGGCAGAGUGUACCCCUAUUGAUGCGUGCCAUGAACAGGCCACAUGCUCCGUUGUUAAGGGUGCAAAAGGCUGUCACUGCAACCCUGGAUGGACUGGUGAUGGAGUUUUUAUUUGCGACGAAAUCCUUGAACCAGUACAUGUGACUGUUUGCUACAAUGGGCUGUUGACUAUUGACUGUACUGCCAACGCAGAGCGCAUUGAGAUUCUCCUGGUUGAUUACGGAACCUACCCAACUGCAGAUUGCCCAGAGACACUUGAAGGCGCAACCCCAGGGGCCCAAGAUGCGGCCUCAUUCAUCCUCUUUGAUAGAUGUCACAACCAAGAAAAGUGUUCUUUUACUGUCAAUGAUGCUAUCUUUGGUGAUUACCAGGGAAGGGAUGGCAAAUCAUUGUAUGUAAAGUAUCAAUGCCGCGAGGAAAUUGCCUCCUACCCAGUCCGUGCAGACACAGAGCUCAUAUCCUGUGAAGGGAAUACCCUAGACCUUGAUUGCGGAUUUUUGAAGAUCUCUGUGAUCAGGGCAUCAUAUGGACGUGGACAAGGAGACUUUGUGUGCACAGAAACAGGAGACGAUACAUCCACAACGCCCCUCACUGAAGACUGCAUCUUUAAAUCAGCGUUCCGAUUGAUAUCAGAGGCUUGUCAUGGGAAACAAACGUGCACUAUCACGUCUGAUACUGGCUUGUUUGGAACUGAUUCAUGUCCGACAGUCUCGAAGUAUGCCAAGGUCCAGUACCAGUGUGUAAAGAAUCCAGAUCCCAGAGUACUAGAAGAUGACAAAUGCGAUCCGAACCCAUGCAUUAAUGGCGAGUGCGAAUCCGUCAGCAUUGAACCCAAAUAUAAUUGCAAAUGUCUUCCAGGCUUCACAGGCACUCACUGUGAAAUAGGUAAAGCAACGUGCAAAGCACUUGGUGAUCCCCAUUACAUUACAUUCGACGACGUGCGCUAUGACUUCAUGGGCCCAUGCGUUUACACCCUGGUCAAAAAUGCUGAUAAGGAAGUCAAGGAUUUUGAAGUUCGUGUGACCAAUGAGAAAGCUCGAAGGAACCCAUCUAUGUCAUCUACAGUUGCAGUGGACUUCAUCUAUGAAAACCAUGUAAUUAAACUGCGCAAAAUGGGAGUGACUUACAUUGAUGAUGUCAUAACCAAUGGGUACACAACAGCUGGGUUAACAGUUAGCAUUGAUACACCCAAUGUGGUGGUUACAACGGAUUCCGGUAUUGUGAUACGUUGGGAUGGUAGGUAUCUUGUUGAGGUUGAUGUAACUGGAGACUACUUUAACCACGUGGAAGGUCUCUGUGGAAACUACAAUAGCGACCAGGAAGAUGAGUUCACCACUCGUAUGGGAAUGCUGGUCGAUGACCCACAGAAGUUUGGAAGGUCGUGGAAUGUCGAAGACACCAAUGUUGUAGCGGGUGUAGAACCAUGUGUUGAUUGUGUUGAUUGUGUUCUACCUGAACCUUGCGCUGAUGCAACAGUCAAAGGGAAAGCCCAAGAAGUAUGCAGUCAGCUCAUUGAUGCAUCAGGACCCUUCCAGGAAUGCCACGGCACUGUGGACCCCGCAACAGCUUACAAAAACUGCAUGACAGAUAUGUGCACUAUGCCUGAAGGUCUGGCUUACUGUGAAGACUAUCAGUUUUAUGCUGAGGAGUGUCUUGAUAAACAAAUCACAAUUAGCUGGAGGCGGGCUGACUUCUGCUUUGUUGAUUGCCUGGUCAUGAACAUGGUGUAUAGCCCAAAGAGCCCCGCGUGCCCAUCUAACUGUGCCAACCCAACUGCCGCUCUCACAUGUAACUUGGCCGACAGGGAAAAUUGUGUGUGUCCAACUGGUCAGCUAAAAGAAGGAAAAGAUUGUGUCGCAAUAGAGAAAUGCGGGUGUCUACAUGAAGCUUCUGGAGAAUAUUACAGGCAAGGAGAAAGUGUCAUCACCAAAGACUGCCUAACUAUCUGCUCUUGUAAUGGAUACAACAACCUAGACUGCAAAACAUACAGUUGUGCUGCAAAUGAGUUCUGUGGAGCUAAGGAAGGGGAGACAUUAUGCAUGUGCGAAGAUGGGUUCUUCAGAGAUCCAGCUUCCAAAAAGUGCUUAGAAAUUCCUUUCCCGCAGACUCUUGUCAUACCUCAACAUCAACAAGCAAUGAUUGAAUGUCAAGACGAGAGAUUCAUCAACAUUCUUGAUGCACACUUUGGCAACCCAAAACAAGCUGAAAUAUGCUUAGAAGUUAGCGGCGAUCAGAGCUGCAAUGCGGAGAGCAGCAUAUCUAGGAUGAAGGCUUUAUGCCAGAACAAACACAGCUGCAUACCUCAAGCCCUCAUCAAACAAUUUGGUGAUCCUUGCUUUGAGGAUUUCAAAUAUCUCCAUGUGGAAUUCUCCUGUGUGUACGAGAUCGUAGAAGAGCCGAGCAUUGUAACCAGCAUCAGAGCCUGCUUGGGUCAGUCGGUCAGUCUUCUCUGCGAUGUCGGCCAAGAAAUAUUCAUCGAAGAGUUCUUCUUUGGUCGCUUAGCCAAUGAUGGGUACUGCCUUAAAGACGGGGAAGCCCUACCCGCUGAAGACCAAAUUUCAGCCACAGCUCUUGAAUUAGUAAGAGAUCUUUGUCAUACAAAACAAAGUUGCCUAGUACAAGCUGACACAGGUACGUUCGGGAAUCCUUGGGCCGAGGGAGAUGAGUACAUGGAGAUCACAUACAAGUGUAGUCCACAAAAACAGUAGAUUGCAUUGCUACCAUAUGGAUAGCUGGCCUGCUCUACCUUGAGAAAUGAAACAAAAGUCAGGUAAUGCCCAGCACUAAACGUUAAAAACAGAAUAUGGGAAUUGGUAAUGGGAGUCUCUUGUGGGAUUUUUAAGGGUAUCAUCUUGAUUAAAGUUUAAGCAAAUAAUCAUAUAAACUAUCAUCAUCAUAUUCAAAAACAACAACAGAAUCUUUAGAAAGAUUAAACCAACCAAAAUUGCAAAUGGGGUAUAUUUUUGGCUUCAUUCUACCAACUUUUGUGGAGUUAUAUUUAAAUUUGUUAAUUUACUCAAAAAUAUGUUAAGAAUGUUAAGCCUUUCAACCUCUAACUUCAGAUGAGAUUAUUUAAAUUAUUGUAGAAAGUUACAAGGAAAAAAAAAAUGGCUAAAAAUGUGAGCCGCCUACCAUAUAGGAAUGGUGCUGGGUGGCUGUAAACAACAAAGUGUGAUAGUUUUAAAACUUGCAGCAGUGGAACCCAAAUGGCCAGGUAUGGUGUCAUUAUUUAUUUGGUUAAAUUCAAUAAAGGAUUUCCGGAAAUUUCCUUAAAUUUAUUUCAAUAAGUACAGUAGUAAAAAAUUAUCAAAGCAGCUGUAGCUUGUAAGAUUGUUCAGAGGAAAAAGUUUCAGAUUUAAUAUCUUAAUGAUUGUAAGAGUUUUUGGUGGUAUGAACUUAAUUAGCGCAGAUAAUUCUGGAUCUGCUUUCUUGGUUUUUCUGGAACUUAAAUAAACCUCCAGGGCAAACAAAAACUACUUCCUUCAUUGGUUUGAAGAAUAGUUUACAGGCCAUGCUUAAUGUUUCCAUAACAGUAUUCAUGAAUGGGAGGUUACCAGGGAAUUAACUGAGUUACCAGGGAAAUACAAUAAUCUUGGAAAUAUGCUCAAGCCCAGAAAAUGGAAAAUUACCUAGUUUGUCUGAUGCUGCCUGGUAAUACAAAAUCUCAAAUUAUAUGUUCUUGAGAGCACCAUUUAAGAAUUCACUCCACCCAUGGGUGGAACUUGCUACUUGCACGAAUCCGCCAUGUGCGUGUGAGUGCGUGUAGACCGUCGCAAGAUAGUCACAAGUCAAGAAGUAACAGUAAGUCAAGUUGGCCUUGGUGGUUUAAAGUCAGUCACUUUACUUUGUUUAAAUUAUGAGAUUUAACUUAGUUAUUUUUGUUUUGGGUUAAAAUAGAAAGGUUUUAUUGAUAUUCAUAAGUAAAUGUUUCAGUAAACUGAUACAGAUAGGCUUUCCAACGCUUUUUUUGUUGCAUAAACAACGUUCCAUUAAAAUAUUGCUGAGAGUAAAUAAGACGACAAAAGAGAAGUUUGGAUUUAGUUGAAUAAACCUUUCUCUGUAGUAACUUGUGUCUAAUAUAAACAAAGUUAUUCUCUUAGGUUGGGAAUUAUUUGCAUCUUUAAAAGCUAACAAUAAAGCACGAUUGCACAGAACACUUCGCUUGAA